ACUCAAACUGCUCUCAGACAAGUCUGCAGGUUUUGACUAGCAGAAGUGUCGUAGCUGGUUAGGAGAAUUUACGCAACAGUUUAGGAGAAUUAACUUGGACAUUUAGGACAAUUUAAGUUAAGGUUAGGAAAAGGGUUAACUUUUCCCCGACGCGAAAUAUCUAGCUAUAACCAGGUCUGCUCUGAGAACAGAAUUGGUUUCCACAAAUGCGAUUCAGCUCAACAUUUAACUCGAUAUUUGACUAGUUCGUUCUGAUUACAGGAAUGGGACGUACUUCCAUUGAGGGAUGCAUACAAAACCCAAUCAGAGAAGACCAUAGGAUUAGCUCACAAUUCUGCAGCCAAUCAGAGAAGCAAAAGAUAGGGCUUUGUGUAGACUGAGGAUGUCUGAAGAAAUCCAGUGUGGAAAACAGCUAGCUAGCUAGUUGAAGGGGUUUGUUUUGCCAAUAAAUUAGCUAGGCAUCUAUUUAUUGUAAAAAAAAAGUGACUGACACAUAAGCAGCUAGCUCGCCGCUGCAAUAAAUCCACUGAAAUGAAGCUCAACAUCGAAGGGUUGUUAGUCUAUUUCCCAUAUGACUACAUUUACCCAGAGCAAUAUUCCUACAUGCUGGAACUCAAGAGGACCCUGGAUGCCAAGGGACAUGGAGUUCUGGAGAUGCCAUCGGGAACUGGGAAAACCAUCUCUCUUCUGUCAUUGAUUGUUGCAUAUCAGCGGGAGUAUCCCCUUGAAGUCACAAAGCUGAUCUACUGUUCCCGAACUGUUCCUGAGAUAGAGAAGGUGGUGGAGGAGUUGAGGAAGUUAAUGGAGUACUAUUCUAAGGAGACGGGAGAGAAGAACAACCUCCUGGCUCUGGCGCUCUCCUCUCGGAAAAACCUGUGUGUUCACCCCGAGGUGAGCUCCUUACGCUUUGGGAAGGAGGUGGAUGGGAAAUGUCACAGCCUGACGGCGUCAUACAUCCGUGCCCAACGGCACAGCAACCCAAGCCUGCCUUCCUGCCGUUUCUAUGAGGAGUUUGAUGCUAUGGGAAAGCAGGUGCCUCUCCCCGCUGGAGUCUACAAUCUGGAUGAUCUGAAGGAGUUUGGGCGGAGGAAAGGCUGGUGCCCCUACUACCUAGCACGCUAUUCGAUCCUCCAUGCCAACAUCAUAGUUUACAGUUACCACUACCUCCUGGACCCAAAGAUUGCAGACCUUGUCUCAAAGGAGCUCUCCAAGAAAUCAGUGGUUGUUUUUGACGAAGCACAUAACAUCGACAAUGUGUGCAUCGACUCAAUGAGCGUCAACAUCACCAGGAGGACUCUGGACCGCAGUCAGGCCAACGUGGAGACCCUACAGAACACCAUUCUCAAGAUAAAGGAGACAGAUGCAGCCAAACUGAAAGAGGAAUACAGACGAUUGGUGGAGGGCCUGAAAGAGGCCAACGUUGCUAGGGAGACCGACAUCUACAUGUCUAAUCCCGUGUUGCCAGAUGAGAUCCUCCAAGAGGCUGUACCUGGCAGCAUUCGCACUGCAGAGCACUUUGUGGGCUUCAUGAAGCGUUUCCUGGAGUACCUGAAGGCUAGGCUGAGGAUUCACCAUGUGGUGCAGGAGAGCGCUCCACAGUUCCUCAAAGACAUCUUUGAGAAGGUCUGCAUUGACCGCAAGCCCCUCAGAUUCUGUGCCGAGAGGUUGCGUUCGUUGCUGAGGACUUUAGAGAUAGCGGACAUCGCAGACUUCUCAGCCAUCACCCUCAUCUCCAACUUUGCCACUCUGGUCAGCACUUACAGCAAAGGCUUCACCAUCAUCAUUGAACCCUUUGAAGACAGAACCCCCACCAUUGCUAACCCCGUGCUGCACUUCAGCUGUAUGGACCCUUCCAUUGCCAUCAAGCCUGUGUUCGAGCGCUUCCAGUCUGUCAUCAUUACGUCAGGGACCCUUUCACCGUUGGACAUUUACCCCCGAAUCCUGGACUUCCGGCCUGUUACCGUGGCAUCCUUCACCAUGACGCUGGCACGCACCUGCCUCUGCCCUCUUGUGGUGGGGAGGGGGAACGACCAGGUGGCCAUGACCUCCAAGUUUGAGACUCGUGAAGAUUUUGCUGUCAUCCGUAACUAUGGCAACCUGCUGUUGGAGAUGUCUGCGAUUGUGCCAGAUGGCAUCGUGGCCUUCUUUACCAGCUACACCUACAUGGAGAACAUUGUGGCGUCGUGGUAUGAGCAGGGCAUCUUGGAGAAUGUCCAGAGGAACAAGCUGAUCUUCAUCGAGACCCCAGACGCAGCAGAGACCAGCAUGGCUCUGGAGAAAUACCAGGAGGCCUGUGAGAACGGCAGAGGAGCCAUCCUGCUGUCUGUGGCCAGGGGGAAGGUGUCCGAGGGUAUCGACUUUGUCCACCAUUUUGGCCGUGCGGUGAUCAUGUUCGGAGUGCCUUACGUUUACACACAGAGCCGGAUCCUGAAGGCCCGUCUGGAGUACCUGCGGGACCAGUUCCAGAUUAGAGAGAAUGACUUCCUGACGUUUGACGCCAUGCGGCACGCAGCGCAGUGUGUGGGCCGCGCCAUCAGGGGCAAAACUGACUACGGCUUGAUGAUCUUCGCAGACAAGCGCUAUGCCCGGGCUGACAAGCGAGGGAAGCUGCCCCGGUGGAUUCAGGAGCACCUUACUGACGGCAGCCUCAACCUGACCAUCGACGAGACGGUACAGCUGUCCAAACACUUCCUACGCCAGAUGGCCCAGCCCUUCAGACAGGAGGACCAGUUGGGCCUGUCUCUGCUGACACUGGAGCAGCUGCAGUCAGAGGACAUGCUGCAAAAGAUCGCCCAGAUCGCUCACCAGGCCUAAGAGGAAGUGUCAUCACCCAGUCAAACCCACAGUCACUGUUCCAAUAAUGUCCUACUGUACAUAGUUUAUUUUUUAAAUGUAUAUUUGCAUAAGCCGGUAGGCCGAAAAAUAAAUGUUUACAGUUUCUA